AUGUCGUAUAUAUCUCGCUUUUGUUCGGAUCUUCUGGGUAGAAAUAAUUUGCUCUCCAAAACAUGUCAAAAUGGAAAAUUAUUUCAACAAAAGAUGUUAUAUUCGUCAAAUACUGAUGACAAUGAUCCAGAAACCUCGAACAAAGGAUCAAAUCGUAUGUUAAAAUAUUUUAAAUCUGUCAAGAAGGUGGAUUCCAAUCAAGACUUUCUUAUAGAUGCUGAACUAAGCGGUAUUGGAUCAUCCAUAGCGGCAAUGUGUUGGCACAAGUAUUCUAAUUCUUCUGGUUCUACAGAAGAACAUGAACAAUAUAUCAAUUCCGAUACCUGUACUGACGAUUCAACAGAGUUUAUAUAUCAAAAACAGAAUUCUGAUGGUGACACAUUAAACGACCGGAUAGAACAAGAGAUGCAUCAUCUACUAUCAGUAGAACGCGCAGAAAAGGAACGAAUAAGGCUGCUUAUGGAGAAAAAAAAUAUACUAAAAAUAGACGAACAAAUUAGAGACCGUGAGCUCAAAAUUAUUCCAUCUACCUCGAGGCUGCUAUCUAUAGCAUCUGACAUAUCUGGUAGAAAUCCAUCGCAUGCCAAACCUCAAUUGGACACGUCUUCUACUCUGAAAGAUGAAAGUUAUCAAGAGAGACUAGGUAAGGUUGAUGAAACGUUCCAGCCGAAAAAUAAAAUCUUGAAGGCUAACUUUAAAAACAAAAGUAGCGUUCAGAGAGAAACUAUACGCAUUUUAGAUGUAGAUCGACUUCCUCUUGGAAUCCUGCAUCACAUGAUAUGUUAUACCCUCGUAAAGCACAUGCCUGCAGAAGUUGUUUUGAAGAUAAUUUCUAGAUUAGCAACCUUUAGAGACAAAGACAACCUGGUUUCUUACCAAACCCUAUUCAGGCACAUUUCUAACUUAGCUACUCCGAUUUGCAGGGCAGAACUAGUAGCAAUCCUGUCUAGAGGAUACCAGAGCAUAAGUAUACCAUUCAUGGUAGACUAUGUUAGAAAGUUUGGAACAUUCUCCAGAAAAUUCAUCGCAGGUCUUUUGGAUAAGCAUUCACAACCCCUUCCCUUGGAUUUCAUCAGAUACCCAUCAACACAACGAAACAUAUCUCAAGUACUCACAAGACCCUGGGCUCUUAGUACAUUUGUCAACCUUCUUAAAAACUCUUCAGCAAAAAGAUACAUGUACCUCAAUCUGCUGAACUUUGGCUAUGUGCCAAAUGUGAACAAGUUUGACAGUUUACAUGCAUUUGGAACGCUUGACCCUAACAUUUCUAAUCAAAUUCUCGCAGCCGAAAAGUUGCUAUGUGACGAUAUUGUAUCAAUCCAAAACGAUGCUACAGACCCGAAUAGACCUGCUCUUUAUGAUAAGAUACUAGAACUACAUCAUUCGGGUCAACUAAAUGAGCAUCUCCUCCAUGAUGAAGACGAUUUAUCAAACUUGAAAGAAUAUGAAAACCCUUGCACAACGUCAACACAACUCAUCAAAAUUGUCCAAUACGAUCCAGAGCCAAAGGAAGAGCAACAUAUGAAUGAUGACGGACUUCGGUACCUUGAGGAUGAUCGUUCAAUACCUCAAGAUCGCAGACAUAUAUCAUGGAACCUCCCCUGGGGAGCAAAGAGGGAUGAAUUCCAUUUCAAAGGUAAAUCAUACAAGCUAAACACUGAAAAAGGCUGGAUAAAAGUCAAAUCAAACGUCAGGAUAAACUAUUUGAAGAACAUCAAAAUGAACCAACGAAAGCGCUUCCAAAGGCAAAUGAAAAGACGUGCAACGAACAUCGCAAAGCUAAAAAUCCUAAACGAAUUGAGAGUAUCAAGCACAUAA